ACGUUGAUGCCCAUUAAUUAACUGUAGGAGAUUGUAGGGAAUCAAAUGGAUAUAACUCCGAACCCCGGGGUAUAUGAUUCUCAGUGGGAACGCCUGAAAACAGUCCGUCCAUAGCUCUGUGUCUGUACGCUCCUUAGCAGAAGUUGCUAGAACGACAUUCUUACAUUUAUUGCAAGAACAGGGGAGAAAUCUGGAGAAGAGCAAAUUUCUUGGCCUCAGAGCUUGAAAUUGCAAAAAAAAAAAAGAAUUCUUUUUUCUUUAAUUACCACUUUCUAGUUACUUCACUGCUUGCUUGUUUGCAGACCCUCUUUUCCCAGUUUCUUGAGCUGUUUUUCUUCUCUAGUUAGAAGUAAAGAAGAAAGUGAAAGAUGGAUCAAGAUGAUGGAGUGCUGAAGACAGCCUUUUUGUGAUUGAACAUGUUCUGUAGCACUUAGAAGUGAGAAGAAGAUAACAAGUGAAGGAAUCUUCUUAAGGACAUUGCUAUAAUAAGUGAAAGAAACUUCUUGAGGAAACUAUUAUGUACAGGCAAUCCUCUAGUAGGAACCAGAGAUCCAAAGGAAUCAAGGUUAAGCAUUUUCUACGAAUUGGUCUGUUUCUUGCUGUUUGCUUUUGGUUGAUUUACCAAGCUAAGCAUUCUCAUGAUAAGAAGAAAGAAUUUGAUGAAAAUGAUGCAAAAGCAUCUCUUCAUAUACGAAGUAGUGGUGGAUUUAUAAAACUUGGAAGGAAAGAUGUCCAUCCCCGAGGCGAGGAGACUAUGACUAAGAACCAGCAGCAUGAUGAAGCAGUAGAAGAGGAGGAAACCUCUGAAGAAGAAGUUGAUGAAAGUAAGCAUGAAGAAGAAAGGCCUGAAGACAAGAAGGUUGAGGAGGAGGAGGAUGAGAUAGACGAACAUGAACUAGAGAAAUUAGAUAUAGAAGUUGAUCGAGGGGAGGAUUUUGUUGAUGAUGAGGAGAGAGGUGAUGUUGUUGAGAACGAGACGGAAGGGAAAACUUUGGAUGAUGCCAAUGAUCAAAUUGAGAAGGAAAGUUCUGCUGAAGAUGCUGAUCGUGAUGAACAUGAUAGGAGUAUGCAUGAGGCACGUGUUGAACCUUACAAGGCAGAUGACGCUUCUAGUGCUGUGACUCAUGAUACCCAUACAGAAACUGCUGAAAAUGAGGAUGAACGUAUCAGAAACUCAAAUGAAGAACAGGAAAAGAGAGGGAGUAACGUCGAGGAAACCAGUAACGGUGAGAUAAGGAAACAGUUGGAAGUGGAAGGUGGUGAAGUGGCUAAAGAUGAUAAUCCGACAAAUAUAACCACCAGUGGACCGAAAGAAAACAAUUUUGAGAAAUCGGAGAAUGGCUCAUCUCCAAAUAACACAUUUUCACAAGUGUUAAAUGAUAAAUUAGAAACAAGCAACAACUCAACUGAGGUGACAACACACAAUCCAGACUUAUCCUUGCAAAAUGUAACUAUGAGUGAUGAUAAGGGAAUCGUCAACGAGGGUGCUCCCACAGAAGGAUCCAACUUGCAAAGUAUUGCUUUCAAAGAGGCCAAUUAUUCUACCUUAGAUGUGGAAAAGAAUCCGCCGGGCUCUAAUUCAACCAGUCAUUCUAAAUCCCAAGGUGCAGAGUCUAACUUUCGGGAGUUCUCUAAUCCAUAUAAUAAUACGGAUUCUUCUGCAUCAAUCAAGAUCGCCAGAUCAGAGGUUUCUGCUGAAGCAGUGAUCAACACUGGAUCUGCAACCGAAAAAAAUGAGGCGACCGAGGCCAAGAAAUCAGAUAUAUUUGAUGGUGCAAAUGAAGUUUUGGAAUCUGCAAUUAGUGAAAAUCCUGGAGAAGUUCAGGCAGACCCUAUUGAUUCAUCAGAUUCUUCCAAUUCCUUGGAAGAGAAAGAUGUACGCACUGAUCUUGAUAUGCUCCCUGAGAUACAAACUGAAGGAACUGAAAAUGAAGAUGUUGCAGAGUGAAGAUAUGGGAUAGUUGAGUACUGGUCCAUCAAUUUCAAUGAGCUGAAAAGUUUUCACGCCUCGUUCUUUUUACCAACAUUUUGGCUCUCAUAGUGUUCAUCUGGGUGAUACGUAACUUACUCUCCCGGAUAGAACACACUCUCGAUUCUGCAGGUAAAAUGCAGGCUAGUUGAAAAAACCAAAAGCUGAUGGUAUGUAAUCUAUGUUUGUCAGUUUACUUUAUGUUAGAGUUGGGUUCCACAUUUCUCUGUUUUUGCUUCCUGGAACAGUCUGCAUUUGGCAAUGGGGUAAAAGAGAGAAGAAUUGAGGAAGCUUCUAAUAUUAUGCACUGACAUAAUGCAUUGACUUGCAAAUAUAAUACUGUCCCAUCUGCAGUUUUUCUUACACUAGCUCUCAUACAUUGAAUUUGCACAAAUACAAGGGAAGAAUGGUAGGUUAACAGAACCAUGCCCACCUAUCACCAUACCCAGGGGACAGAAAUCUGGUAGUGCAUGAAUGAACAUUGUUCUUUAUUUGAUCUCUAAGCAAUACAUCUUAUAGAGGCUUGGAAGUCAGACCCAAAAAUCGUAAGAGCGCUGUUAUCCAUGCCUUGUUAGAUGGGUUGGUUUCGUGAAUUUGGUACAUAUAAAAUAGGAAUCUUGCGUCCCCAGUUGAUUAGAGUUCCAUCUGUUUGACAACCUAAAAUUGAAGCUUUUUUAUCAUCAUUUCGAAGUUCAAUGUGGACCCAAAAAGAAAACAGUUUGAUUCAUACAAUGAAUGAUGAAUUCAGACUUCCAGUUCCACCAGGUAUCAUUUUAUGACAACCUUGAAGCAUCUAGUUCAUAGGAUUCCAAACGAUGAGGAACUGAAAUCCAAGAACUGUCAUUAUUGAUGUACAAAUUUUGAGCAAAAUGUACAUUUAAAGCAAGAACAAGAACCAAAAAAGUACUACCGAUGCACUGUACACUCCAGGCAAGAAACACUGAAAACAAGAAACUGAAAGAAGUAAAUGCUGCUGUCAGUCAACUGCGAAUCCUAGUCCCUAGAUCUGCAAACCCAUUAUGAACCGGGCCAAGAAUGGCCCUUGGCCCUACCCAAGAUCCGGUUCUCUCAGUUCUUUCCU